GCCGUUCCCAACUCCCCGCCGCCUCCACCCGCCGGGAGUGUGCGAAACUCGUUAGGGCCGUUUUCAGGAUUCCAACUUAAAUAGAGUUCCCGACGGGUACUUUCCUGCAAUCCCCCCGCAAGUCUCCUCUCACUUUCAUUUUCCGAUCCCAUCUCUUCCCUAGACGCAGCCAUGGCACCUCAGGAGUUCAAAGUCCUCACCCCGGAGAUGCGCGAGUUCUUUAUGGACAACGGGUAUCUCAUCAUCCCGCAGGCUCUGCUCCCAGAGUACGCGGACGAGUUCACCAAAGAUGUGUGGACUCGCCUGGGGUACAAUCCUGACGAUAAGACCACUUGGGCGAAGGACCGCAUCCAUAUGGCGUGGCAUCAUGCCGAAGAAGCACGGAAGAUGGCACCCAAGGCGUGGGCGGCGAUCUGCGAGCUGCUGGGAGGAGAAGACAGAGUCACGGAGACCUCUGCCAAGUGGAGGGACAACAUCAUCCUGAACCUUGGUGCAGCAGAGUGGAAGGAGAAGUUCCUCCAGCCCAAGGAGCUCGACAACUGGCAUAUUGAUGGCGACUUCUUCCGGCACUACCUCGACUCCCCUGAGCAAGGUAUGCUCGUCAUUCCCCUGUUCUCCGACGUGCUACACAACGGCGGUGCGACCUACAUCUCUCCCGACGGGAUGGAGCUCGCUGCACGUUGGCUGGCAGAGCACCCGGAGGGCACCAUGCCCGCUUCGAGCGGGGGAUUCAAGUUCGCGGACCUCAUCCCGGAGUGCAAGCAGUUCGUCGAGGUCACGGGCAAGAAGGGCGACGUGGUCCUCCUUCACCCUUUGAUGCUGCACAGUGCAACCAAGAACCACAUCCAGCAGCCAAGGUUCAUCACCAACCCCCCUGUGGCGGUAAAGGAACCGUUCAACUUCAACCGCGAGAACCCGGAGGACUAUUCCCUUGUCGAGCUGAAGACCCUCCGCGCUCUGGGCAAGGACCGUUUCCCCUUCAAAAUCACAGGGACGCGUGAUCAUGUUACGGCCCCGCGUGUUCCGUUCCAGCAAGCAAUCCUCGAAGAGGAGCUGGAGAGGCUUGUCGCGUACGCAAAGGAGCAUGACACAAAGCCGAACACGGUGCAUCUUGGCCCGGAAGGUGAAUACGAACGCACGCACCUUGUUCCUUGCGGGAAUCAAUUCUUGAGUACGCCUUCUAAUCUUGCCCGCCUUGUUUCUGCGCAGUAG